AUGGGCACUGCUAGUAUCAACAGCACCGGUCGGGUAUCAGUACCCGAGAACGGCAAUAAACCCGUAGUCUCCAUUGUCGACGAUGUACCUCAUAGCGAUGAAGAAAGCCAAACUAGCCAAGAAAAGUCUUAUACCGUUGAUCCAGUCUUGGAACGCAAGCUUAUACGAAAACUUGAUUCACGGAUGCUCAUUUGGUCGUUCUUUGCUUAUUUUGCAAAUCAGCUCGACCGGAACAAUUUACAAAAUGCGUUUACCAUGGGCAUGGAACGAGAUCUAGACCUCAAUUCAGAUGUGUAUAACUGGGCCGUAACAAUGUUUUUCAUCGGUUAUGUCGUAUUACAAAUUCCCAGCAAUAUGAUCAUAACAAAAGUGUUGCCGCGGUGGUUUCUGCCUUCAGUAGUUCUUGGCUGGGGUUCAAUUGUCUGUUUCAUGGCUCUUGUUACAAAUCACCAAGGACUUUGGGGCCUUCGUAUGCUGAUGGGUUUGGUGGAGGCCGCGUUCUAUCCUGGUAUGAUUUUCUUACUUGGUAGCUGGUAUACCAAGGAGGAGCUUGGAAAACGAAUGAUGUUCUUCACUACUGGUAACCAAGUAUCUGGCGCUUUCGGCGGCCUCAUUGCCGGUGGCAUUUCUGACACGAUGACUGGCGCCGCUGGUUUGCCGGCAUGGAAAUGGUUAUUCAUCAUUGAAGGUCUGAUUGGCGUUGUUAUCGGUAUAGCCGGCUAUUUCUUGCUCCCCAAUUUCCCUCAUCAUCGUACUUACUGGCUCACCGAAGAAGAGCGAGAGCUUGCAAUUGCACGAAUCCAGCACCAGGGCAGCAAGGUCAAAUCGGCUACUUUCAACUUUAAAACUAUUGCCAACGUGUUGGCGACACCCUAUGCUUGGCUUCAAGUGCUUAACUUUUCUUGCAUAUAUAUUGGCAAUCAGCUGUCUCUCAAUUUUGCCAUUAUUCUGCGAGGAAUGGGAUACGAGGUUGCCUUUGCAAAUUACAUGAACACUCCAGCAUAUCUUUUCGGCGCUAUUGCGGCUCUCGUCGUUGCUUGGUCAUCGGACAAAACUGGAGAUCGGAUUAUUCACAUCGCCGUCACCGAACUUUGGGUCGGUGUAUGGUACUUGAUUCUGGGUGUCGUAGGCCUCGGAAACAACCCUCCCGCUUUGCUUUUUGUGGGUGUGUUCGCUAUUGCCGUGAAUAUCUCAUUACCUGCAUUGUGUCUGGCUUGGAUAACCGAGAUAUACCAAGCUGAUCAUAACUCUCGAGCUGUUGCAAUUGCUUUUAUCAACGCAGUUGGUAACCUUGCUCCAAACUUCAUUAAUUUAAGAGCCUGGAUUGUCUCCGAUGCGCCUGCAUUCUUUAACGGUAAAAUGACCAGCAUGGGUAUGAGCUUUGGCUCAGUAUUAAUAACGCUAGUCAUCGCGUUCUUAUUGCGCAUCAAGUUCAUGCUUCCACAACCGGUCGAGAAGAAAGGUGUCAAGAACUUUGAAGAAAAUGAUACAUCCUCAAAAGAAUAA